GUCAUCCACUGGCCCGGGCCGAAGACCGGCUGGCCGCUCCCCCGAGGUCAGGUUUGCCCGCCGGAUUGGACACCGAAGCUCCGCGACACGGGGACGUGGAAGGCCAUGGAGGACCUCUACGAGCAGGGAAAGGUGAAGGCCAUCGGCGUCACCAACUACUCUCUGCGACAUCUGAAGCAGCUGAUGAAGACCUGCAAGAUAAAGCCGAUGAUCAACCAGGUGGAGUUCCACCCUAGACUUGUUCAGAAAGAGCUGCUGGAGUUCUGCCAGAAGCAUGGCAUCGUUUUGCAGGCCUAUGCAUCCUUGGGCUCCGGCGACGCGUCCCAGGCCGAGUCCUUCUUCUCCUUCCCGCCGGUGAAAGCGGCUGCAAAGGCCCAUGGCAAGACCGGGGCCCAGGUUCUGCUGCGAUGGGCCAUGCAGAAAGGCUGCCACGUGGUACCCAAGUCGGUGCGUCCAGAGCGCAUGAAGGAGAAUGCGGGUGUCUUCAACUUCAAGCU